AUGGGAGCGUACGACGAGCCGCCACUGCGUCACCACCACGGCGGCGUGCAACCCAUCAGAGACAUCUUCACGUCGCUCAUCUACGUCGCGCUCUGCUUGGCCCUCCUCUACCUCCUCUGCCUCACCCCUCGCGGCUCGCCGGAGAACGCCGUCUCGGCUCUGCUCCGGCACGUCACCAUUGCUUCUUCCGGCGAAGGUCGUGGAGGAGGAGGCGGCGGCGGCGGGUGCGACUACUCGGAGGGGCGGUGGGUGGCGGCGGCGGGGCACGCGCGGCGGUACAACGGCACGGCGUGCGACGUCAAGGGCAGCGAGGACUGCGCGCGCAACGGGCGGCCGGACACGGGGUACCUGGACUGGCGGUGGCGGCCGGCGUCGUGCGAGCUCCCGGCGUUCGACGCGGCGGCGUUCCUCGCCGCGGCGCGCGGCAGGCACGUCGCGUUCGUCGGCGACUCGAUGGCGCGCAACCAGGCGGAGUCCCUCGUCUGCCUCCUCGCCGCGGCGGCGUUCCCGUACCGCCUCGUGUACCGCGACCGGGAGCCCGGGACGCGCAAGUUCUGGAGGUGGGCGUUCCCGACGCACGGCGUCACGGUGUCCGUCUACUGGGCGCCGUUCCUCGCCAUGGCCGCCGGGAGGCCGGAGAACUUUAGCGUGCAGCACAACCUCGUCUACCUCGACACGCUCGCCGAGCGGUGGUCCGCCGACGCCGACACGAUGGACGUGGCGGUGAUCAGCACGGGGCACUGGUUCUGGAACCCGACCGUCUACUACCACCACAACGGCGGCGAGGUGCUCGGCGUGCACAACCUCCCGGAGCUCAACCACACCGAGAUCGGAUUCUUCUCGCCGUACCGCGAGGCCAUCCGGAUGUCGCUCGAGCGCCUCCUCGGCUUAGCCGCCGCCGGCCGCCGCGGCCGCACCGUGGUGGUGACCACGUUCUCGCCGGCGCACUUCGAGAAGGAGUGGGACGACCCCGCGACGUGCGCGAGGACGCGGCCGUACGAGGACGGGGAGAAGGAGGUGGGAGGUGAGUCCGAGUCCCCCUUCCUCCUCAUGGUGUCUUGCUCCAUUUACCCUGAUGAGACUUCGGUGAGUUGGAGCCCCAUAUCUCCCCCGUGA